UGUGUGUGUGUGUGUGUGAUUCAGAGGAAAGCAAAGCGUUUACUGUAAUCGGCUGUGCGAGUUGAAAUCACCACUGUGUUGUCAUCCUUGCCCGACGCCUUCUCCGGACAAAUAUUCUGGAAUUUGCCUUCAUGCUGUAGCAAUAAGCAAUAUUUUGUUACCGGUCGUGUCGUUCUAGUCUGGUCGCAAGGGUUAAAAUAUACGGGCUGAUCUUUCAGGACGUCAUCGCGGUUUAAAAAAAGACAAAUAACAAUCCGUGACCUUUUUUGAGAGCCGGGCUUCCUGCGAGCUCCGAGGGGCCUGAAGGUCUGGUAGAAGUGGGAAACCGUCGGUGUAUGCCUGCCCGCACCAUGAUGGCCUCUGACAUGGCUGAGACGUGGAGGAACUGUUUCGAGGAGGAGCUCAUCUGCCCCAUCUGCCUGCACGUGUUCUCAGACCCCAUCCAGCUGCCCUGCAAGCAUAACUUCUGCCGGGGCUGCAUCAGCGAGGCCUGGGCCAAAGAGUCCUCGCUGGCCCGCUGCCCCGAGUGCAAUCACGCUUACGCGCAGAAGCCCAGCCUGGAGAAGAACCACAAACUGUCCAACAUCGUGGAGAAGUACAACGCCCUGAGCGUGGAGAAGCCCGCCGCGCCGGCGCUGCAGUGCAUCCUGUGCCGCCGGGGCCCUCCGCUCCCCGCCGUGAAGGUCUGCCUGCGCUGCAACGCCCCGUGCUGCCAGUCCCACGUCCAGACUCACCUGCAGCAGCCGUGCUCGGCCCUCGGGCACCUGCUGGUGGAGGCGGAGGCGGUGAAGGCCUGGACCUGCCUGCAGCACGACGAGUACAGGCUGUACCACUGCGAGGCCGAGCAGACAGCCGUGUGCCAGUACUGCUGCUUCGCCCGCUGCCACCCGAGCCACGGCCACGCGGUCACUGACGUGGAGCUCAGGCGCAACGAUAUCAGGCAAAGCCUGUUAAGACAACAGGAGCGUGUGGAGGAACGAGUGCAGGAGAUUGAAGAGCAGCUGUGCAAACUAGACUCCGACAAGUGUGUAGUUGAGGACCGGGUGUGUGAGCUCAAAGAGGAGGUGCGUCUGCAGUACCAGCGGAUGCACCAGCUCCUGGAGGAGGAUCUCGGUAGGACACUGGAGGCUCUGGACCGGGCUCAGGCUCGGUUCUGCCAGGAGAACGCGGCGCAGGUCUUGGCGCUGGGCGAGCAGCGCCACGAGGCCCAGAAGCUGCUGAGCUCCAUCCACACGGCCUUCAGCAAGGCGGAGGAACUGAGCUUCAUGAAGAACACCAAGCCUGUUAAAAUCCUCACAGACAGGUCUCAGACGUGUGUGGGCAGCAGUCUCCCUCCCUACAAAGUGGGGAAUCUAAACUCUAAACUAUUCCUAUCUGAAAUCUCAAAAAGAGAGAAGAGCCUGAAGAGAACGCUAGAAGUUCCCCUCACCCCUCCCUCCACCUUCCUGCAGUCUGUUCCGGCGUAUCCCAGCGGUCAGAGCUCUGGCUCUGGAGCGGAGAAACGGAAACAUUCCACUGCCUUCCCAGAGGGAAAUGGGAGCGUCGGAAAGACCGCCACUUCGGGCUUCAAGGACUCCUCUUCCUCCUCCUCUUCUUCCUCCUCAUCGUUAGCCAAACAGCCCUACCUGGGCUCCGGCUCUGCCUCCGGAGAAGGUCAGUCCACCAAUCAGCAGCCUCUCGGCCCCUGCGGCCCGCCGCACAUAAGCGAGAGCGGCGGGACAGGAAGCGGAAGCGGCUCUCUGACCAACCACCAUUCAGGCUCUGUGUUCGGUUCCUCGCAUUUCCCCCCCGGGGGCAGCAGCUCCUCGCACUCCUCCCAGCAGGCCGUGCUGCCUCAAUAUGGCGGCCGUAAGAUCCUGGUGUGUACGAUGGAUAACUGCUACUGCUCCGGAGUGCCCUCUGUGUCAGGGCACCGCGGGCACCCCCCGUACCCACGCUCCGGCUCCUUCCCCUGGGUCAGCACCCAGGACUACCCCCCUCCUCCCGGCCUGGCCUCCGGAGGGCCGUCCAUGCAGGGCUUGGCAGUGAGGGACUGGAUAGACGCCUCACAGACACACAGACAUGCAGAUUUUUACGGGCUGUAUGGGCAGCCCUCUACAAAGCACUAUGUCACCAGUUAACGGAGUACACACACACACACACACACACACACACUUGGAUAUAGAGACAGGCACCAGAAUAGCACACCGUUACAGUCUUGUUAACCGGAAAAAACAGUUAUACUAUACACACGUAAAGAUACUGCGACGUAAACACACACUGAUCUAGAACAUGUACACACACGUUCGGAGGCAGGGUUGAUCUCUUGUUUUUAUUUUCUUUGGUUUCUUUAUUUUCAGUCAGUGUUUCAUGUAGUGUAUUAUACGUAAAUCUGUCGACGCUCACUCUGGCACAACCUAGCUCAGCGUUUUACUCAUAAACAAGAGAAGCCUAAGAGCAGAUCGUGACAUGCAUCUUUUUUUAUUUAUAGAGCAGAAGAUGGAUAGAAAAUUAACUUGUAUUAGAAAACGCCUCUUUGUGGCUGCUCACUGACGUUAAAGGAAAAAGAGAUGAAACCGUGCAGUGUUUAGCGCCUCCAUGUUCCCCUCAUAUAAUCACCCCUCUAGUUGUGCUGAGAUCAUUUGCCUUAUGUUAUUAUUAGCAUCGUUUUUUAAUUUUUUUCUGCCCAGCUCACUUUGGUAGAUCCUUUUUAAAGAGGGACAUUUGUCUCUUGCUUUCAUCAUCAUGGCACCGCUUUCCCUUCUUUGCGGAGUUCAGGGAUGGAUUGCACGGCUUGAACACAAAAUGCUCUUCCAUGGAACUCCCACAAUGCACUUGUGGACGCCUUGUUAUGCCUGGACUACAGAUGCUGUCCCACUAAGAAACACUGGAGCUGCAUCUGAAGGCGCCGGUUCACCCUGGCCCAAAGAGUUUAGAGGAUUCGGCCCUUAUUCCUAGUACUCACCUCCUGCUAUCAGGCUUCCCACAGGACAUAAGAUCUUCUGACAAAGACUGUUUCAUUUAGUAAUCACUAUGACUUUGGUACAACUGUAGGUUUCCCGCUUGUCUAGAGAGACUCUUUGAUCUUAGAGCAGGAGGCAAGACUGAACAAACCAAACCAAUCAAGCAUCUGGAGGAUCUGAUGAUGCUGUAAUUGUACUUCCUGCAGGGCAAAGAUGUCACUUCCUCUCAAUAAGCACACAAGCUCUUAGCUUCCUGUUUGCAGCUGAAAUCAUGCAAGGAAGAGUUUUUUAUAGCACUCAAAAGAAGAACAAUGGGUGGAAAAAUGUAUGCAGUUUUAAAAAUGAGUGUAUGGUAGAAAAGAAGGUCGGGAGGAUUUUUUUCAUCUACUUUUUCUAAAAGAACAAGACUGGACUGCGAGAUGUAAGCAAUUGUCAUCGUCCCUAAAAAGGAGCUGUUACAACAGUCAACAUGAAGAGAAACAUCAACAUAAAAAAACUAUCUUUUUUUGUAAAUAUUUUGUGAAAUGGAAGAAUUACAGACGUGAUUUGGAGAAGGGUUCCAAAUAAAUAAACAAACCAAUUUAAACUGC